AGUGGUCUAUAUUAUUCAAAACGAUUUGAACAUGUGUUGGAUCUCAAUGAGCCAGUCAAGAUUCAUAAUAAAGUCUUUAUUAAGCAGCGUAGGAGGAGGUUUCUUACUUGGAUCUGCCCUCUCAACCCCUCCGUCUUUCGCCACCGCGUCUUCUUCUCCUUCCUCCUCCUCCGCCGCCGCCGCCGAAAUGGGAACUCUCAAAACCAAGGUUUGCAUCGUCGGAAGUGGUCCAGCAGCACACACGGCGGCGAUCUAUGCAGCUAGGGCAGAGCUUAAGCCUCUUCUCUUCGAAGGAUGGAUGGCUAACGACAUCGCUCCCGGAGGUCAGUUAACUACAACCACCGACGUCGAGAACUUCCCUGGGUUCCCUGAAGGUAUCCUCGGUGCCGAGAUCGUCGAGAAAUUCAGGAAGCAAUCGGAGAGGUUCGGUACUGAGAUCUUCACUGAGACGGUUAACAAAGUUGAUUUCUCGUCGAAGCCGUUUAAGGUAAUCACCGAUUCGAGAACUGUUCUCGCUGACUCUGUGAUCAUUUCGACUGGAGCUGUAGCGAAACGUCUUUGCUUCACUGGAUCUGGUGAAGGCGAUGGUGGUUUCUGGAACCGUGGUAUCUCCGCUUGUGCUGUUUGCGACGGAGCUGCUCCGAUUUUUAGGAAUAAGCCUCUUGUGGUUAUUGGUGGUGGUGAUUCGGCUAUGGAGGAAGCUAAUUUCCUCACUAAGUAUGGAUCUAAGGUUUAUAUUAUCCAUAGAAGGGAUACGUUUAGGGCGUCUAAGAUUAUGCAGCAGAGAGCUUUGUCUAACCCUAAGAUUGAAGUCAUUUGGAACUCUGCUGUGGUGGAAGCUUAUGGAGAUGAAAACGGACGUGUUCUUGGAGGGUUGAAGGUGAAGAACGUUGUUAGUGGAGAGGUUUCAGAUCUUAAGGUGUCUGGAUUAUUCUUUGCUAUUGGUCAUGAGCCAGCGACCAAGUUUUUGGAUGGCCAGCUUGAGCUUGAUGAAGAUGGUUAUGUUGUGACCAAGCCUGGUACCACAAAGACGAGCGUCGUUGGUGUAUUCGCUGCUGGAGAUGUUCAAGACAAGAAGUAUAGACAGGCCAUCACUGCUGCAGGAACUGGGUGCAUGGCGGCAUUGGAUGCAGAGCAUUACUUACAAGAGAUUGGAUCUCAGGAGGGUAAAAGUGAUUAGAGAAGCAUCUAUUUAUAAGUUGCUCGAUCACUUCCUCUCCCCUUAUUAUUUGCUUUGUCAUUUUUAAAACCAAUAAAGAAUGAUCAAGAAAAAAAAACAAUAAAAAAUCGGAUUGAUCUUACAAAGACAAUCUGAGUAGAGUUCUGUUAUUUGUGUUUGUUUGCAGUUGUCGCUGCUUCGACCCAUUCCUUUUAAGAUUUGUUCCCUAGGUGAGAGUGCUUUUUAUAUGACGUCAAAGUACACAUAACCUGUACUUUUUUAUGGUUUUAAUUUAAAUGUAAAAGGUUUGAGUCGUACAAA